AUGAGCGAUAAAGGAAAAGAGGGAAAGAAGAAGAACCACACAAACAAGGGAGAGAAGAAGGACUCAACAGAAGAUGAAAAGGAUAAAGAAUUCGAAGAAAAAAUAAAAAAUUUAAGUUUUGACGAGAGGGUGAAGAGUGCAUUAAAUUUAAAGUUAGAAGGGAACAAUGAUUUUAAAAAAAAAAACUAUGAAGAAGCUAUUAGCAAAUACAAGGAAGGUCUAAAAUACAUAAACAAAUUGGAAAACAAGAAUGAUAAAAUUGUUGAAUUAGAAAUUGCUUUUCAUCAAAACAUGAGUAUAUGCUACUCCAAUGUAGAGAACUAUAAUGACGCAUAUGAACAUGUAAAAAAAGUUUUACAUCUGGAUAAAGAUAACGCAAAGGGAAUGUUCAGACUUUGUCAAAUUGAAUACAACAGAUCCAACUUGGAUAUUGCGAAAGAAAAAAUACAAGAAUUUAUCAAGUGCUACCCGGAUAAUAUGGAUGCAAAAAAAUUGCUGAAAAAUAUUGUUAUUAAACAAAAUGAACAUAAUAAAAAACAAAAACAGGCAUUUUCAAAAAUAUUCGAAAAAGCUUCUGGUCUAUAUGAAGAUAGAGAAAAAGAAAUUCUUCGAAAAAAGAAAGAAAAAUAUGAAAGUUACAUGAAAUCCUGUGCAGAGAAAAAUGAAAAAAUAGUCGAUUUUGACGAAUGGGAAAUUAUGGAAAAUGAAAAAAGGGAAAAAGAAAAUGAAGAACAAAAGCAGAAGCAGAAGGAGAAACAGGCGGAAAAAGAAACGGAGAAGAGAAAACAAAAGGAUAAAGAAAAAAAAAAAAAAAAAAGUGAAUCCAUAACAUCGAACACUACAAAUAACUCGUCCUGCAUAGACAUAGAUGAAGAAGAUCAGAAAAUAAUAGAUGAAACAAAAAAAAUGGGUUAUUGUUAUUUCAAAAAAGAUAUAAAAGAAGAUGAUAAAAAGUUAUUCGAAAAAAAUAUCCCCAUAAAAAUUGAAAAUGGAGUUAGUGAUGAUUACAACUUGUGCAGUAAUGAAAAUAAAGCAAUUUCUUCAUGGAAUGCUGCAGGAACAACAUAUGAAGAGAAAGACAUGACAAAAUGGGCUAAACAAAAAUUAGAAGAAUGCUUAAAAAACAUUCAUUUCAAAAAUACGGAAAAAUCAGAUUUCUUAAAUUUAAAUAAUCAAAAUGAAUACAAUUUGUUAAAUGCUGAUUACCCGGAGGUUCUACCAAUUCAGUACCUUUACAAAAUCGAUUUAAAUGAUAUAAAAGAUUUGACUGUAGAUGCCCAAGUUGUUGUUAUACGAGGAACCAAAAGGCACAUCUUUGAACUCUCGUGCUCCUUAUAUGUAACUUUAAACAUAAACAUAACAGAACUUCACAUUCAUAAAGUCAUUGUUGAGAUUACAGAACUGUCAAGUGAGUUAGAGGCUGGGAAAACUUGGAGGAAUUACAUCACAGUGAAGAAGAACGACAAGUUAAAAGUUCCUGAUAAAUUGUUUAACAGCAUUUACGAGUUCCUUAUAGAGAAGGUGGAAAAUCAAGUCAGAUACUUUACUGAGGAGUACAAGAAAAUGUGA